CUUCAGUUUGACAUUUCUCUUUCAAAAUUGUAUGUGCAUUUAAUUGUGAUGACGAUAAAUUUCUUAAUUUAGCCCGCUCCAAGGAAACCAAUUAAGGCGUCAAAACCUUCUGUGUCUCCUGCUCCUGUACCGGUUAAGUCACCCAGAAAUACAACCCCCACAUCACCAUCAAAAUCACCCAGCUCCACAAUGUCAGCAAAACAAAAACCAGCUACCCCCCGUGCCCCUGCCAAUAUUCGCCCUUCGGCCAAACAGUCGGGUAAGUCGGGAGUAGCGCGAGAUGACCUAAUGGAAUGUAACUUCUGCGGAAGAAGGUUUGCGGCCGACCGUCUUCAGAAGCACGAGGACAUUUGUUCCAAGACGGGCAAAAAAAAGCGGAAAGUGUACGACGCCACCAAGCAUCGAGUGGUCGGCACCGAACUAGAGUCUUACGUCUUAAGAGGACAGAAAGGCAGAUCUGGGACCAGUACUAAGAAUUGGAAACAACCUGAUUCAACUGCAAGACAAGAGAUUAUAACGAAGUCCAAACAAACGUCCAAGAAAGACUGGAGGAGAACUCACGAGGAAUUCAUAGCAGCCAUAAGGGCGGCAAAACAAACACAAGCUCACCUGGCCAAAGGCGGCAAACUGUCCGAUUUGCCACCGCCUCCCCCAUCGUCGAACCCGGACUACGUACAGUGCCCCCACUGCGGCAGGAGGUUCAACCAAGCUGCCGCAGAAAGACAUAUUCCCAAGUGUGUUAACUUUCAAUUCAACAAGCCCAAGCCAAAGGCAGCAGGAAAAAGAUAAUCGCAUUAGGGUACGAAUUAUGUUUUAGGAGUUGGGUGGUUUUUCGGGAUUUGGUCUUAACUUUUCGAUGUAUUUUAAUCUUCUUCAUUUAGUAGUAACAGAAUAGAAAAUACGAAUACUUCUGAUAAAACUCAAUUUCAUUUGCAAACAUUAACAGAUUGGACGCUGUUAAUGAAGCGUUUGUUUAAACUUUUAUUAUAGUGCAGGAGUAGUUAUCCAUUUGUUUUUACUUACUCAUUUUCUCGUGACGACUAAAGCUGUUCAAAAUGUCGAGUAGCAAAUUUAAUGACUAAAUUCCGCAUAUCACCCAGCGACACUAAACCUUGCGAUAAAAGCAAAUUUUAUAUCGUUUUUUGUUAAUUCUUAACCCUGAAAAUGUGACGGUUAUAAGUUGUAAAUGGCAUAUUGUAAAAUUUUGAAUAUUGAAAAAUGUAUUAAAGGAGUAACAUUUAUUACGGUUCUGUGCUGUUUCUGUUAGUAUGACAAGACGUAGUUUGCCUUGAUAUCGUAAAGAAUCAAAUAAAAUACUAUUAAUACGUAUAACAAUAAAUGCUUACAGUGUCACUCCAAUGUGAUACCUACUUACGAAAUUAAUGUGUGUAAAAAAGUCGACAGGUAACAAUUCGAAUGUUUGUCGUAUCGUUUUCAAAAUUUUUAAAUUAAAAUUCAACAGGUAUUAAAGAAAUACUUUGUGUUUUAAAUAUACAGGGUGGUCCGAAUUUUAUGCAGGAAACUUCGAGGGCAGAUCUCUUUAAAUUAAUACGUGUUUCCCUUACAAACAUAGGUCUGGAACGGUACCGUUUUGGAGAUACAGGGUGUUGAAGAAAAUGAUUUUUUGUUUAUAUCUCCGGAAUCUAUUAACCGAUCUCAAUAAAAUUUGGUACAUAUAAUGUAUGACAGUAGGCCUUAUAUUCCAUGAAAUAUGAGCUGUAAAGGUUCAACCACUGGUGUAAAACUGGACAGGGGUUACCCCUUUUUUACAAAAAACCUACGCCACUGCAUUUUUUACAUGUCAUUGGAACUGAUUUAUAUUUUAAUGCAUA